AUGGACAGGAUAGGGGUGUCAUUCCUGGACCCUCUGGACGAUUACGAGUUAAUUCAUCGGAUUGGGUGCGGCACCUAUGGAGAUGUGUUCAAGGCUCGUAACAUCAGGACAUCCGAACUGGCAGCUAUCAAGAUUGUCAAGCUAGACCCUGGUGAUGACAUCACAUCCAUCCAGCAGGAGAUUACGAUGAUGAAGGAGUGCAAGCACAAAAACAUUGUGGCCUACUUCGGCAGCUAUCACAGGAACACCAAGCUGUGGAUCUGCAUGGAGUACUGCGGUGGAGGCUCACUACAGGAUAUGUAUCAUGUGACGGGCCCAUUAAAGGAGAAACAGAUAGCGUACGUGUGCAGAGAAACCCUCCAGGGUUUGUAUCACCUUCACGAAACUGGUAAAAUGCACAGAGACAUAAAGGGAGCCAACAUCCUUUUGACAGAGCGAGGAGAUGUGAAACUGGCUGAUUUUGGAGUGGCAGCAGAGAUCAGUGCCUCUGUAGCCAAAAGGAAGUCUUUCAUAGGAACUCCCUACUGGAUGGCUCCGGAGGUGGCUGCUGUGGAGAAAAAGGGUGGGUAUAACCACCUCUGUGACAUCUGGGCGGUCGGCAUCACUGCCAUCGAGCUGGCUGAGCUCCAGCCGCCCAUGUUUGACCUCCACCCAAUGAGAGCGCUGAUGUUGAUGUCCAAGAGCAACUUCCAGCCUCCAAGACUAAAGGAUAAAGCCAAGUGGUCUGCGGCUUUCCAGAGCUUCGUGAAGAUGGCUCUCAUUAAAAACCCUCGUAAAAGGCCCUCGGCUGAGACACUGCUGCAGCAUCCAUUUGUGACACAGUUGCUGACCCGUAACCUGAUCAUUGAGCUGCUGGACAUGGCCAACAACCCUGAGCUCCACAACAGCCACACAUACAGCAUGGACGACAAUGAGCUGGAGGUUGGGGAAGUGGCUCCGGACAAGAUUCAGUCAGCAGGGAAACACCUGCCGGUAGAGAGGACGCUGUCUGAAGAACAAUUUGACCAAGUGAAGUUUGGGCCUCCACUGAGGAAAGUCACAGAGCCUUAUCCUGAUAUGCAAGGCUCUUAUGAUGAUGACUGGAGUCUGUCUGGAGAUGAAGACAACUCACCGAGUUUAACCAUUAAGAGGGCGCCAUCUGCUGAUGGAGGUAUGAAGAGUGGUUUGUACAGCCCAUCAACAGCCUCCCUGCCAGCCUUCAGCUCUUUAACUCCUAACACUGAGGAGAGAGACCUGACACUCAGACCAAGCUGUACACUAGGCCAUGAUGCGGCCAUCACUGCUGACUCCACCUCCACUACAGUGCUGGCCAGGUGCUCAGCCACACAGGACAUCAGACAGCGCUGCAGUGAUCCAUGUCUGCCUAUUGGGGAUGCUGUAAUAGCAGAGAAGAGGAAGGCUACCACUGUCUCUUCUCCUAAAAGAGAGACGCCACUAUCCCCCGAGUGGAGCACACUGAGGAAAAAGACUGAGGACUCUAGGGCUGAUUGUCAUGGACUCCCUCCUACCCCUCAAGUCCAUAUGGGAGCCUGCUUCUCCAAGGUCUUCAACGGUUGUCCUCUUAAAAUCCACUGUGCUGUCACCUGGAUUUUACCCAAGACCAGAGAUCAGUACCUUAUUCUCGGGGCAGAGGAGGGUAUCUACACACUGAACCUUAAUGAACUUCAUGAAGAUACACUAGAGAAGAUGCUCCCUCAGCGGUGCACUUGGCUGUACGUUAUGAACAAUGUGCUGAUGUCUGUAUCAGGGAAGUCCUCGCAGCUUUAUUCCCACAGUCUGACAGCUCUGUUUGAACAGAGAGGACACGUGCAGAAGAAACACAGCAGUCUGUCACUCAGCACCAACCGCUUCACUGAGAGGAUCAACCCCCGAAAGUUUGCCAUAUCUGUGAAAAUUCCUGACACUAAAGGCUGUAGGAGGUGUAGUGUAGCCAGGAACCCAUACACAGACAGUACGUUUCUAUGUGGGGCAGUUCCAACUGGCCUGGUUCUGCUAUUGUGGUAUGAGCCUCUGCAGAAGUUCAUGCAUUUGAAGCACAUAGCGAUCAAGCUACCAGACCCCCUACCAAUAUUUGAGCUGCUGGUGUUGGUGACAGAUGAGUUUCCCCAGCUGUGUGUUGGGGUGAGAGACUGUAGUAACGGGAAAUGCUCAAUCAGCCAACAGCUCAAGUUUGAUAUUAUAGAGCUUAACAGCCCACCUAUUUCAGCACCAGAUAGCGGAGCGCUCAGGGCAGCGCAGGUAACCCAACUGGACAGAGACACUGUUCUCAUCGCGUUAGAAAAAACUGUUAAGAUUGUGAACCUCCGAGGGCUUCCUUCAAAGGAACUGGCUUCCGAAAUGGUCUUUGACUUCCUCGUUGAAACUCUAGUCUGCUUACAGGACAGUGUGCUGGCUUUCUGGAAGCAUGGCCUUAAAGGGAAGAGCUUUCAUUCAGAUGAGGUAACACAAGAAAUUACAGAUGAAAGUCGAGUAUUCAGAGUUUUGGGAACAAACAGGGACAUCAUCCUUCAGAGCACACCAACAGAUGACCCCUCAGCACUGAGUAACCUGUACAUCCUGACCGGACAUGAGAGCAGCUACUGAAAGAGACAAUUGGUCAACUUCUUCAAACUCUGAAGAGCAGGUUGAAGAUCUAAAACUAUAACCUUGUAAUGGAAAUAAUAUCCUCCUUGAGUGAAGCUGUAGAAGACACCAGCAUCAACUGAUCACAACAACUCUCUGCUGUGAAUGACAAAUGUCCGUAUUUGAUUCAAUUGCCUGUCCAGACCCAAACUGUAAGUUGUUUGGCAGCAUGUGUAAGAGAGAAUUGCCACUUUACUAAGUAUGAUUCUACGUCUUGGGUUUGCUAAUUAAAGUAUUUAAAAACAGUUCAUCUUACAGGCCCAAUUCACUGUGUCACUGCAGCACAGAAGAGAGUUUUGUUCCUGCUAAUUGAGAAGCCACAGAUAUACUGCUGUCAGUAGGGACCACAGACUGUAGAAAUAUGGACGUAACAUCUGUGACAGCAUACUUAGGUUUCUGACCAUUGAGUCAAAUGAGAGGACAGCUGGGAGGAACUGAGGAGGGAUGAUCAAGCUGAAAACACUGCAGCUGACUCCUGUCAACCAAUCACAUGAAUAAACUUUAAUAUCCGCUUAAAGGGAUAAAAACUGUCUUGAUUGCCACAAAGAUGCACAAUUGAGGAAGUGGUAGAAUAUAAGACUUUUUCAAAGGAUUUCAGGGGAGCCUGACACUUUUGGAGCCAGCAUCUAGACCAUUGGUGGAACUGCAGUUUAAAGGGUAGCUCCACCAGUUUUCCAAAUGAAGACCAGUUUACAGGUCUUGGGACAUUAAUACUGCAAAUGUAAAAACAUAAAUAAAUGUAUGCAGUCUUUUUGUGCUUACAGAAGAAGCUGUAUGUAAUCUGAUAAAUUACAUCCAGUGAUGUCACCCACAAUGCUAAGCUGCAUUGUGGGUAAUGUGGGCGCCAGAUUUUGAAAAGCAGUUCAAUGGUCUAACAUUACACUUAUGGGCAGUUUAAAAACAAAUCAUCAAAAUAGAUUUAGCCCAAAGGAGAUAUCACUUUUCUUCUUCCAUGCAUUCAUCUCCCUUUUGAAAACCUGGUGCCUAUAUUACCUACAAUGCAACUUAGCCAUCAAGUGAUCUUCACUGGAGGCAAUUUAUCAGAUUACACCUGUGUCCUCUGGAGCCACUAAAGAUGUUAUACUACUUGUCACAUUUUAACAAGUCAAAUUGGUGGAGUUACCCUGCAAGACAGAUGAACAGGGGUUUUGUGUUUUUUGGGUACUUUUCAACACAGUAAUGCUGCAUUGUUAUCAUGGUGGAGUUACUACUGUGAUCCUGUAUGUUUGUUGUAUGCUAAGUCAAAAACAGAUAGUGUUUAAAUUCUACUACAGUACAGUGGUGUUACUCAGUACAGUAGUAGAUACUCAUUUAUAUUAAAAUAUGGAUAGAGAUACACUGUCAUGUUUUGAGUUUUUAGGAGGACAAGUGGAAUAACCUACAUUUGCCUGUCCGGUGAAAGCUAGCAUAGAAAGCAGACAGGGCUUCAACUCUACAUUAAAACAACAUGUCAGUGAAAUUUAGAUUGUCAGCUUGAAUGUUCCAAAAGUCUGUAUCAAGGUAACUGUUAUAAUGUAUAGUACAUAUAAUUCUGAAAAUCCCAUUUAAAAGUAUUUGAAGAUUGUUAGGGUGCUAGCAUUGCUGCAUUUACGUUAUGUGCCCCCAUGUUGAGAGAACUGAGAAACUCUGCGCAAGUCUGUGAAUAUGAGGGGUCCUUUCAUUGCUGUCAGUUAUCCAUUGGUGCCAAACACAGCUUUAACCUGUGACACAAUAUCCAUCCUUCAGCUCCCUUUUUAUUCAUUCAAUUCACACGUAGAUUAAAUUUACUUUUGAUUACAUGAGGUGCCAUAGAAACUGAAUACAUUAAAUUGUACGUCUGCUUGUUCGACUAAAAUGGAAAUUCCACUACAUUCAAGUUGUGUGUGUAAUGAUAUUUAUAGUAUUUAUGGAAAAGGGAACUGUAAAAGUAACACUCACCUUUCCCUGAGAGAUAGGCUACUUGAUAAGCAUAAUAUGCAUAUAGCUAGAUCUAUGUGUUUUUUAAGAUGAUUUUGUUAUUCUGUAUAAAUUUGAUGUAUAUAACAAUACAGUAUGCUCAUGAUAUUAAGGGGUUGUAAUAUGCGAAAUAAAGAUUUUAAUUUUC